AUGACGUAAUGCGCUCUCAACAAAUUUUUCGUUUUACACUAUAACGCAACUGCAUUAUGAGCAGCAAUAAAAUUGCGAAGCACAGAAGUCAAUCUACUAGUUUCAAUGCAGCCGGUUCAGAGAAUGCAGCUUUUUGUGCAAGCACAACAACCCUUGGACAGUAUAUCGUGCGAACGAUCGUCUUUCACGGAAUCAUACGACUUUCCGUCGCGAUCUAGAAAAACACUUGCCGUUCACAAUCGAGCAUUAAUAAUGGACUUUGGUCGCGGGAUCGAAUAAUCUGAAGCUGCAAAACAAUUUUAUUAUAACUAUCAUUCUUAUUUAACUCCGACCUUUUCGUAUUGAUUAACGUUCUCUAAAAUUAAUAACAUUCAUAUUUCAUUAUUUUUCUUACGUUAGUCCAAUUUAUCUUGUUUUGUGAAGGUACGACACUAAAAAUAUUUAUUUAAUAAUGGUAUAGAAUAGUAAAGUGCUGUGACUCGGAUAUUAUUAAUUUCUUACAAUAUCUAGAACUAAAUUCCUGUAGCACUGCUUUCUUUCCCGAUUUGCAUGGAAAAUUGUUAUUUUGUUUUUGCACAAUAUAAGGAAUUUUUGUCAUUGUCAUUAAUUAGAAAAAUUAUGAUGGUAAAAUUACAAGAAUUAAUAAAUAUGAAAUAUCAUAUAUGAUAUUGAAACUUGGUGAUUUUGAGAUACAAUGUAUAAUUUCCGGCGUGUUAUAAACAUCUCGAGCUUGUUAAAGAAGUUGGACUUUCUUUCACCGCGACUGUGCCAGUCUCUCGGCUGCAGCGUGGGCGUAGAGGCCCGGUUUUACGUGAUUUCGUAACGACGAUGGCAAACAGAUUUCCAGUAUCAAAAGGCAUUUCGUGAGGAUCCCGAAGACCUUCGGGGCCCCCUACCAUUCUACCUACUCUCUCUUUCUUUCUCCUUCUCGCCUGCUUCCUAUGCUUGAGCCUCUCUCUCAAAUCUUCACGCAUACGAAAACAGCACAUACGGAGAUCAUUUGGUCACUACUUUUUAUACUUUUCGCGGAUACAUAAAUAAUUAGACUUGUCACUUGCUAGUGAAUGGAAGAUACAGGGAUAUCGCGAUACAAAAAAUGGUUUCCUUAUUAGACGAAUUAAAAGAAGAAUCUCUUAAUUAUCUAGUUGGAUUAAUCAAUGAUCGUCGAUGCUCUUAGAAUCAUAGAAGUUGGAGAUUUUCGAAAUUUUUCUGAAUAUUCGAAAAAAAGUGAGUCGUUACUCAGCAUUGGAAAGGGGGUUCCUCUUCCUACGGUGGUUCACACGACAUCGCCGUCGUUGUUCUUCUCAUUGUCGUUGUUGUCAAUCGUGACGAUACCUGCUCGAGCUCCGGUGGAGAGCCGGUACGGAGAGCGCGACUGUGGCAAGUGGGCGUAAGGGCCGGGAGAGAGAACGUCGUCCCGUGUUCCAUACAUGGCUAUGCUAUGUGGAAACCAAGAGACACAGAGAGACGGACGGAGCGACAUGGACCGGGGGAGUCCCCACCGUGUGGACGGUGGAGGCGACGUUUUCUCGUCUCUCGGAACGGUUGCCGAGCAUGCUCUUGACUUGAGGCACAUUGCCUCGCAGCACGCAUGUCGUACGAUCAUUCGUACGACCAUCCUAGUAUUAUUGUUGGAGCAUUCGCAUCACCGUGCCUUUCCUUCCAAGAUGCACACACAAUACCUGUUUUCCACAUGAUUCUACGAGAGUUCACGUCCGAUGACUUACGUGUAUAUGUGUGAAUACAGUGUACAUCCUGGUGAACGAAUCUCAACGAUCAUCAUUGGACUGAUGGUUGAGAUUGCCAAUUUGUGCUAUUAACAGAGAUUCCUCGGAAAGAUCUCGUGUGCGACAAUUUUGCAGCAAUGCUGCGAGGGAUUCAGUACUGAAGAGUGAUCAGAGUCGAGCUUUAACCGUCGAAAUACGCCGCCAACGUAACAGGACAUCGCACGAUGCACUCGCCAACACUCGACCGGCGUGGGUGCUACUGGGUUCCUCCUCCGCUUUGAGACCGAGGUCAGGUGUGGGAGGGUGCAAGGGUUGGCAACACGCUCGAGACUGGCACAUUAUACAUUAGAGAAUGCCGAAAUUAUUUCGGGACCUCAUCUUAGCAUUGAUAAUGACAGCGUCAUGCCUCGACGCGAGAGAAGACAAUGUCACAACGACAAUGGAAAUCUCUACAUUGAUAGCAACAUCGGCAUACAUCGAUAGUACAUCCAUGAGCACGACGACAAUCACCGAGGAAAACGCAUUGUCGUCAUCGGCGACUAUGACAACACAAGACGAUGGCAUCCCAAAAAAUCUGUCCCACGCAUUAUCGUCGUCGCCAUCGCCAUCGUCUUCCUCUGACGCUGUGUGGGAAUGUCCGAAUAUCACAAAAGCGGGCGUGGAGUGUUCUUGCGAUUUUCCACAUACGCUCAGAUGUACCGGCGAUAGAACAGCACUGGAGACCAUCAGCGACCAUUUGAAACAUAGUCAGCCGGACACAAUAUCAUUGCUGGAUGUGACCGUGACGGGAAUUUCUGUAUUGCCGGCACAUUUCCUCGAGGAUGUCGCACUUCACGGAUUAGUCGUCUCCACCGGCGAGUUGCGGCACGUUGAUGAGAAUGCGUUUACCGCGCUGGCGCGACCGUUGCAAGCGUUAGGACUGCCCAGCAAUCUCCUAGAUUCAGUUCCCACGAUUGCGCUGUCAUAUCUGAUUGGUCUAGACCGGCUGGACUUGUCUCAUAAUAAAUUGAAGACAUUAGAAGCAGACUCGUUCAAGGGACUGUCGAGUCUGACUUAUCUGGACUUGUGCGACAAUCUGCUGUCACAAUUGUCACCGCAGGUUUUCUCGACAUUGCCAGCAUUGCGUUCACUGAGAAUGCGUGGAAAUCGUCUGAGCGUUUCCGCCUUGUCCGCGUUGAGAGGUCUGAAACGCUUGGAAGAGCUCGAUCUGUCCAACAAUCUGCUGCUGGGUCCAAUGGGUCCCAAUCUGUUGCCACAAAUGCCCAAGCUGCACUUCCUCACAGUCUCGGAAAACAGUCUCGUCAACGUCCAGCAGGGAGCUCUCAUGGGUCUCAGAAAUCUCACUUAUCUGAGUCUGAGUCACAAUCAAAUUGACGUGUUGGAGGACCAUUCGUUCAAGUACUUGCCGACUUUGACGCGACUGGACCUGGCGAACAACCGCAUCGUCGCCGUGUCCGGUGCUUCCUUGGCUCAUCUAGAGAAAUUAAUAACUUUAGAUCUAACGCACAACUUUCUGCGAGCGUUAACGACUGAUCUGGUGGUGCCUUUGAAGAGUUUACAAGACUUACGGUUGGAUGACAAUGACAUCACAAUCGUAGCAAACGACGUGCUAACGUCAAAGCUGCGUCUCAAGAGGCUCUCCCUCGCGGACAAUCCAUUAAAUUGCGAUUGCACCUUGUUAGAGUUCGCCAAUUGGCUAGCAAACUCCAGCCUGACAGAGGAGGACAAGUCAUCGGCGGUGUGUGCGACACCGCCUGCCCUAGAGAACGGCAUUCUAACGCAAGUACCACCGGGCAGUCUGCUUUGCGGCGAGCCCACGCCACCCAUCAUGACCCGGGUACCUGUGGCAGGUGCGCAACUAAGUCUCAAAGAGUUUCGCUACGACGAGUCAACCGGUGUCAAUUUAUUGUGGCACGUGGAACAGUGCGCUGAGCGUUACACUUGCGACUCGCUUAUCGUCUACGAAACAGUCGGCGACAGCGAGAUUCAAACGGAAUCCAGUCCGCUGCACUGUGAUUCCCGAAUGAUGCGAGAUCCCUGCAUGCUGCCAGUCACCAUACCAGCUUCCCUGCACCUGCAAUUGGGCCACAAGUACCGUUAUUGUGUAGUUUUAUUGGUACCCACCGUUUACGACGACGUAUCCCUCGGGCUCGGUUGUAGCGAUGUCAUCGUUUUGGAGAAGACCCAACAAGCUGGGACAGAGGAUUCCAGUUCUCCGACGUCCACCCAGACAUCUCUCGACUCCUAUUCGCGGAUUACCGGUGUCCACGUAAACGUAUCUGAUAAGGGCUUCCUCAACAUCGGCGUAGUUCUCUCCGGGACAAAGGACACGACUGUGGCAUCUACCUGCCAACUGUCCAUUAUUAUAUUCGACGAGGUCUCCGCGGUGCAUCGACAGAGCCUCAAUUGUAGCGCCGCUGCCGCAUCCAUCACCAACGUCAAAGUAUCAUUGCCGGGUUAUUACAGGGUAUGCGCCAGUUUGGACCAAUUCACCAAUGUUAUCGUUAUGUCUGCCAGCUUGGUGGAUGAUCGCGAGAGAUUUCGCUGCGUCGAAUUAGUCGAGCAGAAUUACAACAGGCGAAAUGUCGAGGUAUUCAUCAUCAUGGCUGUGGUCGUUGCUACCGGUGUUCUCCUCGUUAUCCUUGCUGUGCUCGGUAGAAAUCUUGCGAGGCGUCUGCGACACCCGAGGAUACAGGCGCAAUGCUUCCUGCCGGCUCAGGAGUUUGAAAUUACUCACAAAGCUCAUUACAUCAAGCUUCUGGCAACGACAAAAGUUUAACGACAAUCUUAUUGAUGAAUUUCACUAUUCAAAAUUCGAGCUAUACAAGCAAAACUCACACUUUUCUAAGUAUCGCGUUAUAAGGAGAAUAUCAAUUUCUUUUUUACAUUUUUUUUAUAAACUGUUUAUUUACAAUUGCUGCUUGUCUCCAGACAAAACUAACUUUGUACAUUUAGUACACGUUCAGUUAGUUAAAUGUCUAUUUUAUUUUUCUAAUGAUAUAUGUUACAAUUACUUCUAAUUCUAAAACAGGGCCCCGGAGGCAAGAUAUUUCUUCAAUUCAUUCUAAUCUGUACACGUGUGACGAGAUACUGUAUUUUAACUUGGCCACAAUUCUUAGAAAAUGAAAAAGAACCUAAGUUUUGCUUUUAUACGCCAUUCUCAGAUUGAUUCUUCAUAUAAAUACAUAGAUACAUACAUAAUAUUUUUUAGUGAGCCAAAUACUGGAAGAAGUA